GGUUUUCAUAACCCUCAGUACCUGUUCAUUCAUAGGCUGUGAUUAAUAACAAACUGAAUGAACUGCGUUGUCUCUCAAAAGGCUUUGCCCCUUUGGACUUGGCGAUAAUCCUCCAAGUGUAGGUAAAGUUCACUAGCAUUGUAACAACAUAGUCAUGGUUGCAGUGCAAAUGAUCAGUGGGGAGAAAGACAGCUUUCGAGCUCAGGACUACUUGUGGAAGGACUCGUGGAGUAAACUUAAUGACACAGGAUCAGCGUGCAGGCAGGAGGAGACGAAGGGGUCACUCCAAACCUGGUUCCCCCAUGCCUGCUUCUCCAGGCUAUACUCGACUGGAGCAUAAUGAGCCUAUGAACCCGCUGCGUAUCUCCGUAGGAGGCCUCCCCAUGUUGGCUUCCAUGGCCAAUGCCACUGACCCCCGGUUCCGCCUUAAGUGGAGGCCCAUCGUGGCAGUAGCUGGAUCUGUGGCCUUAAUCCUGCUGCUUUUCAUGCACUUCAGCUCGGGCUUACGGUACCGCUCCUACGGCUCACGCAGCUGGAGAGUCAACCCAAGCGACAGCCACCAGUCGGAUUUGCAGUACAAUGACACCUACCCCCUCAGUUCACCCGAGCGCACGCCGCAGGGCACCCGCUAUCGCAUCGGCGUCAUCGCUGACCUGGACACCAGCUCUCUCAGCGACAAGAAGAUGACGUGGUUCAGCUACAUGCGGCGGGGGUACCUGCUGGUGUCAGAGAGCGGCGACAAGGUGGCCGUUGAAUGGGAUGCUGACAGGGUGGUGCUGGAAAGCCACCUGUCGGAGAAAGGCAGGGGCAUGGAGCUGUCUGAGCUGGUGGUGUUCAAUGGGAAGCUUUACAGUGUCGAUGACAGAACGGGUGUAGUCUACCAUAUAGAUGGAGAAAAGGCUGUACCCUGGGUCAUCUUACCCGAUGGCGAUGGCAGCGUUGCAAAAGGAUUCAAAGCCGAGUGGCUGGCAGUGAAGGACGAGCACCUGUAUAUUGGCGGUCUCGGGAAAGAGUGGACCACCACUGAAGGCGAGUUUGUCAACAACAAUCCAGAAUGGGUGAAAGUCGUGGGCUUCAGAGGCGACGUACGGCACGAGAACUGGGUUCCCAAGUACAAAUCCCUGAAGUCCGCCGCAGGGAUAGAGCCACCAGGAUAUUUGAUUCACGAGUCUGCAGCAUGGAGCGACACCCUACAGCGCUGGUUUUUCCUUCCUCGCCGUGCGAGCAGCGAGCGCUACGAAGAGACGGCGGACGAGAGACGCGGCACGAACCUGGUCCUUAGCUGCUCGCCAGAUUUCAAUGACAUCAAAGUCAGCCGAGUGGGUGUACUUAAUCCUACCCACGGUUUCUCCUCCUUCAAGUUUGUCCCCAACACUGAUGACCAGAUCAUCCUGGCGCUCAAGUCUGAGGAGGACGCCGGGAAGAUUGCCACGUACAUUAUGGCCUUCACACUUGAUGGGCGCAUCCUUUUGCCUGAAACUAAGAUCGGGGAUGUAAAAUACGAGGGCUUGGAGUUUAUAUAGACACAGAGACACUCACACUUGAGGCCACUUCACUGUGGUUCUAGUUUGUUUACAGUCACUGUUGAACUUUUUGCACUCGCUGCUUCCUCAUUGAGUCUAAAACACAUAACUCCAACCAUUGAAGCGACAUCGUCAAUACAAAUAAAAGAACUAACGGCUGAAAGAGUAACGCUUCUAGAAAGUGCGGAUCUGGUCGUGUUGACCGCGUUCUUCCUAGGCCAAAUGUGGGUUUAAACAGUACUGUAGCCUUUCUUAUAAUGAAUGUACAAAAGCUAAUUUAUCAGACUGUGAUUUGCUUUGGGUUUUUUUCCUGAAAAAUUCAUUUUUAUGCACACACUAUACACACUCAGAAGGUCUAAGGUUUUUCUCCCCUUUGCUCCGUUUUCCAUAGUAUCACUCUGUCCACGUGAUUAUUGUCAGUGGGAUAGCAAAGGCCUUGUUUUUAAUCCUGUAUAUUGUUUGAAGAAUGUUUUGGUGAUUUUAUCCUAUGUAGUUGGUUUUUUUGGUUGUUUUUUUUGUGCGCGCGUGUGUGUGUGUGUGUACGGGUUUCUACUAUCCUGGUGGGGACCGCAACCUGACAUUUACUAUAUUGGUGGGGACUUUCUGCACCGUGGGGACCUGGAGGGUUGAAAGCAAUUUUCACACUCAAAAUGUGGUUUUAGUGUCAGGGUUACAAUUAGGUUAUGGUUAGGUUUAGGGCAAGGGUCAGGGUUAGGCAUUCAUUUUUGAUGGUUAGGGUUAGGGUAAGCAGCUAGGGAAAGCAUUAUGUCAAUGGGAUGUCCCCACGAGGAUAGCAAACCCGCACGUGUGUGUGUGUGUGUGUGUGUGUGUGUGUGUGUGUGGAGGGGGGUGACUGAGUAAAAUCUUAAUUCCUAUUUUCUGAGUCCUGUCUUAUCUUUUUACAUGUUCAAAACACAAUCUGCCAAAGUUGGACAUUGUCCUCAAACAAGUUCUCGUUGAACCAAGAGCAGUUGUGCAAUCAGGUAUGUGCUCACAGACCUCAAAUUUGAGGCCAACUCGGCUUCGUAACCACGGGAAAGAAGGUAACGCAUUUUUAUUGCACAUAAGGAUUUAGAGUCGUACACUAGCAGUUGGAAAUGCUCCCUCCUCGAAAUAUACGAACUCUUUGUCUUCUCCUACUUCUGUAUGUCUCUGGAAGGGCAUUGAAAUUUGACAUUUUGAACAGAAAUCAUGAGCCACGCGAAGGUGAUGUGAGGCUGUUUGGCUCUAAGAACGUGUCAGAGGGCCGUGUGGAAAUCUACCAUGAUGGGAAAUGGGGAACAGUGUGUGACGACAACUGGGACAUGGCUGACGCCCGGGUGUUGUGUCGCCAGCUCAACUUCCCUGGAGCCAGAUCUAUUGUGACUGGGAAGGACUACGGACAAGCGCCUGGACCUAUUUGGCUCGAUGAUGUAAACUGUAAAGGCACAGAAA